AGUGCAACGGUUGAGUUGAUAUAACGUAUUUGUCCAGAAUGAUAAUUUUGGCAUCUUUAUAUAUUUUUUUAGUUUAUAGUUUGUUACAUGCUAAUGGGCAUGAUCAAAAGAGUAGUCUUACAUUUGUUAUCGAUGAUACGGGUUCCAUGGGGGACGAUAUUGCUCAAGUAAUAAGUAAAACGAAUGAGGUAUUCGAUGCUGUUCUCAAAGCGAAUUCUUCAAAAAUAGACGAAUUUGUUUUGGUAACGUUCAACGAUCCCGGUACCAAACUACGUACAAUAACGAGAGACAAAGAUGUAUUUAAAAGAGCGCUGAAUGAUAUUGAAAUCAUUCCUGGUUCUGGAGGCGAUUGUCCCGAAUAUGCAAUGAGUGGUAUUGAACUGGCAUUACAGAAUAGCAAACCUAACUCAUUCUUCUAUGUCUUCACGGACGCUUCGGCCAAGGAUCACACGAAAUUGGAGCUAAUAAAAAGUUUAAGCCAAAAAAAAUCAACUCAGGUAUCUUUCCUCCUAACUGGAGUAUGUGGAAGCUUUUCUGAUAACGAUUAUGUAGUAUACGACAAACUUGCUGAAGCAACGACAGGUCAGGUGUUUCAUAUUGGAAAACAUGAUAUUAAUAAGAUUAUCAAUUACAUCAUAGCAUCGAUCACGGAAAAGAAGACAACGUUGAGCCAAAGUGUGUUUGAAAGUGGCCAUGGAAACAAAAUAGCGGUAUGUAUAUAUUACAUUGAUAUUUCUCUUAACUUUGUUAGUCAACUACUGAAAUACCUGUUAAUAUAUGUAUAUGUAGUUAAAUUAAUCUUGUUACGCUGUGUAAACUAUAAGGUUACACUUGAUUUACAUAUAGAGUGCCAUAAAAUAUUAGAUAGUAAAGUUUGGGAUGUCAUUGUGUCUAUAUCAGGGGACUAUCCAAAUUUUGAUGUGAUUGAUACGGAUGGUAAAGUUGUAGAAACAGACACUGUUGCAAGUACCGAUAGCACUGCUAUCCGCAGAAUUAAAACGAAGCCUGGAGUUUAUAUAGUCAAUUUAAGGAGCCCUCGUCGUACUUCAGUUGUUGUAACUGGAUCCACAUCCAUAUGCUUUGAACACGGUUUUUCCGUUAUAGAGCCUCUAUCACUAAAUGAUACAUCUUCACUGCCUUUGCCAGGUUUUAAGUCCUAUUUAUCGAUUGCACUAAGUAACAAAGACAGAGACGUUGCAUUGAAAACAGUUGAAAUAAGAGAUUUGAAAAAUAAUAUUAUCGAAGAAUUACCGGUAACUUUAAUCAAUGGAGAUAAUCAGUUUUAUACGACGGAUCCAUUUCAUCCACCCACAGAGCCAUUCAGAAUUGCGAUAAAUGGAUUUAUGAACACUGGUGAAAAAAUUACCAGAGUAUCAUCAACACCGAUACAGCCACAAAAAUCAGAUUUAGGGAUGAAGAUAUCAACAUUGCCACCUACUGUAAAUAUGUUAAGCGAUCCAACAAUCGUGGUGAAACGUGGCGAGUCUAUUACCUUAAAAUGUAAAUUGCGUGGGUACCCUCAACCUAAAGUUACGUGGACCGACACGACUGGUGCAGUUUGGUCGUCUAAGGUGGUACCAGUCGAUUUACCAUACGACUAUAUAAGCGUACUCACUAUAAACGAAGUAACAAAAAAUUCAACAAUUACUUGCAGAGGCACUAAUUCAGAAGGAAAUGAUGCUAAAUCUGUAAAUAUUAGUAUGAAAAGCUAUUUUCACGUCAUAGAACAACCAAAAGAUAUAGUUGUAGAGUACGGUGCAUCUGCUGAAAUGAAACUUGUCAUUGAUGCUUUUCCACAGGCAACGAUUAUUUGGUACAAGGAAGAUAAGCAGAUCACUGUAAAUGACAGUUUCAACUUGUCGUCAGAUAGUAGCAUUUUAAGUAUUAAAAAUAUGCAGUUAAAACUGAAAGGAAAUUAUUCUGUAAAAGUUGGAAACGAAGACGAAGAAAACAUAAUUAAUUUUAAAGUUGAUAUAUCUGGAAUCGAAAAACCAAAAAUAGACAAAAGUGUUACUAUUUAUACUACAAAGGUGGGUUUUGAUGUGGAUUUACAAUGCAGACUCUUACAGGGUAGACCGAAACCAACUCUAUCUUGGUAUGUCCUUGACGAAUUUGAAGAUCAGAAGAAAAUAGAUGAGAAUGGAGAAACUGUACGUAUUGAAAAUUUAAAAAAAGAUGACACUGCAACUUAUAUCUGUGAAGCUAACAAUGAAAUUGGAAAAGACUAUCACGUAAUUUAUUUAAACGUUGAAUAUCCACCGUCUAUUGAAUUAAAUAAUAAAAACUAUAAUGUAAAGAAAAAUGAACAAGUAACACUUAUAUGCAACGCCGAUGGUUUUCCUUUACCUAAAGUACGAUGGUUCAAAAAUAGUUAUGAAAUCCCUAGCGACAGCAAAUACCGUAGUCCGUACGACAACAUUUUGCGGUUAGUAUUACACAUAAAUAACGUUCUAUAUCAUUAUUAUACAUAUUUCAGAGCUUCAAUAGAAGAUAUUGGUGUAUACACAUGUGAGGCAUCAAAUCAUUUAGGGAUAGCAAAGGAAAAUGUAAAUUUAAACGUUUACGAUCCUCUAAAAGUUAUGUCACCCGAAAAAGUUUUAAACGUUCAAGUAGGAAGUACUUUAGAGUUGCCUUGUGUUGCUGAUGGGUACCCAGUACCAGAAGUUAAAUGGACGUUCUCGGGCUUUGAUGAUGGCUAUCUGCCACCAGAAGAAAAAUGGACGUACAGGGAAUUAGAUUCGAAAACUGUGACGACAGAAUUAAGAGCUAAUGAAAAUAAUAGUAUUGUAAUACCUCGGGUUCAACUACAAGAUGAAGGAUAUUACAUCUGCAAUGUGAAUAACUCUAUAGAAUCAGUUAAUGUCGGGUACGAAGUUCACGUAUUAGCGGUUCCCUUUAUUCGAAAUAAGUUACUAGAUAAAACUUUGGACGCCGUAGAAGGAGAUUUGGUGUUAAGAAUUCCAUGUCAGGCCGACGGUAGACCAAAACCAACUGUGUCAUGGACACUUGAUGAACAAAAUAUAGCUUUAGGCACUGAAUGGUACGAUGUAGAUGAAUAUGGAACAUUAUUAAUUAAAAAUGUGGACAAAAAAUCUUCGGGCACAUAUAAGUGCAAAGCUGAAAAUUCGCUUGGAUCUGAUUCGAAGGAGAUUUAUGUAGCCGUUCAGCCAUAUCCAAGAAGUGACACAGUCACUAUUAAAGAAUUAUAUGAAGAGGGAAUGACAGCAAAUAUUAAAUGUAAUCAACCACAUAACGAAAAAGACUUAUUGCGUUGGUUUAAGAAUGGAAGACUUAUAAAUAUUGGGGAAUUGUCUAUACCUAAGAUAACAAAAUCAGAUUCAGGGUUAUAUAGCUGCAGAGUGAGCAAUUUUAUAUCAUCGCAUUCAACCCAUAAGAUAAUAGUUGUUGGUCGCAAGCCUCAAUUUGAUGCAGCGGAAGAAACUGAUAUAGAGUAUAUUGAAGAUUCAUUAGUUUACUUAGACUGUAGUGCUAGUGGCUAUCCAAAACCCACUGUCACCUGGUUACACAAUGGUGAGAAAAUUGAAGAAGCUUCUUUCUAUAUAGUACGACAAAUGAAACCCAGCGACAUUGGAAAUUUCAUUUGUAUAGUCAGCAACGAUUUCGGUAACAUUAAUCGUACAUUUAACGUUAAUUCUGAAGAUUGCUUCAUUGACAUUAAAAACGAUUUUACUGUGCACCGUCCGUUAAUAUUAACUCCUAGUAUGCGUUGGCCUGUAUUUGAAACAAUUGGAGAUUUACUUAGAAUAUCGAAGAAUGAAUUAUUCUUCUUCACUUGUCCUGAGAGUUCUAUUUUAUCCAGUAAAGCUAACUUUGGCGCGAUUGCAUUGGCGAUGUGUGCUGGAAAAGAUACGUUUAUAAUAAAUAAAACAGAUGUAGAUUACAAUAACUUAAAAUGUAACAAGGAAAAUACACCCUUAGCGAAAGCUACUGGAAAGAAGUGUAAUGUUGGUAACGCAGAGCUUCUAUUAGUAGGUUUUAGUUUCGGACGUCAGUUUUUGGAUGUCUAUGAGGUUUGCUUCGAUAAAGAUGAAAAUGUUACAAUUUACGCAAAAAACAAAAUCGAUAAAUUUUUGGCAAAUUCCGUUCCUAAGGGACCAAUUAAGUUUAUUGGAAGUAAAUAUUUACCGAAUAAUUCGAAUGAUAUAUAUGAAUGUAGGGAUACAUGUUGUUUCGAAAAGAGGCAACUGGUGAACCCAAGAGAUGUAGCACCGGGAUAUCCACAAGUGUCAACAUACAACGAUUUAAAUGUUUCACCUCACUGGAGCACUUGUGGAACAGAGAACUGGGAUGAAGUUGAAAAGAGAGUUAGGUCUCUUGCCAAGUCUGUCGAUUAUAGUUUAUUAGUUUGGACAGGUACAAAUUCCGAUGCUGGUCGAAUACCUUCUAUAAUCACUUACAGAAGUAUAGUUGAAGAUCGACCAGCUCCUCGGUUUACAUGGAAGGUUGUUAUAAAUCUACAAGAGGAAGAGGCCCUCGCCAUAAUCCAAGUGAACGUACCUAAUUUAAGACCCCACGUGACAGCAUCAUAUGUGCUUUGUGCCGAUAUAUGUGAUGAGGUAGAAUGGAUGAAAAACCCUGAGUGGAGAAAUGUUAAAAAGGGCUACAUGUACUGCUGCAGAUUGCAAGAUUUUGUAAAUGCAUUCGGUUACGAUUAUGUCUUCAGAGAUCAUAUCCGCUUCACAAAAGUUUUGAGUUCACAAACAUUACCAAAACAUUCUUUAACGUAGUGACAUGAAAUACAUUCUAUUAACAUAACUUUUAUACAUUUUAUACUAGAAGAUUAUCGCCUUUUAGCAAAUAUAAUAACUAGUCUUUUAAAAACAAAUAUAUUUGCUAAGUAAUACGCGCGCCACAAAGGCGUUCAAGUAACUUAAAUACUUGUUUAGAAACGCCAAAAUUUCUGGAAAGUUCAUGUCCAAAGUACAAAGGUGGAUGAUUCCGAUGACAAUUUGAUUUAUACUUAUGAAGUUGUGCAGCGAUUAUAUUUAGACCAAAAAUUUAAAUUCAUGUUUUCAAACAUCAAUAGGAUACAAUGCAAAUUGUAAGCAAAAAUGAAAAAAAGCUGUACUAUACGUCAAGCAAUUGUCGUGAAAUAUUGAUAUUCUGGAUUAUUUGAAUAAAAUUUGAUUGUUUCUAAAAGAAAA